AUGACUCAAACCUUGUUCAAUGAGGAAUUGGACUUGUUCGACAGGCCAUCCUCUCCAGCCUUUCCCCUUCCUGACGCCAACUAUGCAUAUGAACAAUUUGGUGGAGGCCGUCGGUAUGAAGAACCAACGGUCGAGCUGACUCCAUCAAGGCGCUUCUAUUCAAUGAAGGGGGGGCCAACAAAUGCAGAUAGUGCAGACAGUCAAGGUCCCAUGCAACCAGGUGCCGCGCCCUUGCAAGGACCUGCACAGCCAGGCCCGAGCACUGCAUCUUUGGAUCAGCCUCAAGAUGAUGUAGCAAGUGAUGUGACAUCACUCACUGUCCCACAGGGUAGCAGCCGCCACCCAUCACCCUUCACAGGUGACAUGGCUUCCCGACCCCCAGGUCCCGCGUCUCUUAGCAGUCGGCACCCAUCACCCUUCACAGGUGACAUGUUCUAUGGUUCAAUGGGUGACCAGCCUACUUGGACGGGUCAACAGACACCUAUGGACCAGGCUCCAGAUCCUUCUGCCUUCAUGCAUAGCUUCCUCGGUCAAGUGCCACCUUUUGAUCUUCACUGCGGAUCUCACUCAGCCCCUCAAGCUGGUCCUGCACUUCCGCCCUCCACGAACAUUAUCCCACCCACACCGCUUAAGGACAUGAAUGAUCCUAGCGUCCCCACUGCACACACCCCAAGUCCCGGGCCAAGUCAGCAACUCGACAUGAGCCACUACUCUCCUGACUCCAACAAUCACGAACGGUUUCCUGAAGAAAGCCUUACUUCAUGCUCUGAGGAACUACCAGUUGUGGGACGCAGGUCUGCAGAGACCAACGCUGCACUUGAUGCAGGGUUUGCGGCCAUCAAUCAGAACUUGCUCGAAUUAUCCAGGUCUACUGCGAUGCCAAUGAAUCAAGUAAUCAAUUUGUUCAUGAAGAGCCGUGGAUGCACCGCAAGCAGUAUCAAUUACUGGAACCUUUAUUCUAAUUAUUUCAAGGACAACUCAAAGCAGGAACUCACCCGACUUCAUCAAGAUCUUCCGGUUGGAGCACGCACACCUAGUGCUACUGUGCGUAAAGACUGCUACACGAAGUUCAAAGACCAGUACCCCAACACAUUUCAAGAUAUCCUCAACAUGCAUGAUGAGAUAUCUUCACUAGGCGGAGUGCCUCAAACAGUCAGCCGGUGUGCGCAGGCAUUCCAGAGGCUUCAGAAAAGGGUGACUAAUAUUUUAGAUGUUGCGUCCACUAAAUUUGGGUUUGAGUCUGCGACGGUUAUGUGUGACAAGAUUGUCAACCAGGAUGCUUCACUUGGUCAUGUACACACAACACCUGGCGCGACAGAUUUCUUUGUCACAUGA